GAGUUUGCUGUUUAUGAUGGCUGAAGCCACCAGGUUCCUCCUAAGAUUGCUCCUGUUUUCCUUGUUAACUGCCAAAGGAUAUCAAGCAUUUACAUCCAGAGCUGGAUCUGGAGAUAAUACAGUGUCUGAAGAUGAACUGGAUGUAGACUUUGAAGGAGACUCAAUUAGCAAUGAUGCUGGAGAGGAAUCUUUGUGGGUCAAUGGGCCAACUGAAGAGUCAUCCUUGGAACCAAAUGAGACGAGCAGCUACAAUCUCACUGCCAGCGAGCUUCCUGAAGCCGAACCACUAAAACAAGACAGAUCUGUACUAAAGCACCAGAACUUAUCCAACCGUUUUCAACAGGCGACAACAGAUAAUCCUGCUGAGCCACGAAGCUGCCUACCCACAGAUCCUGACCAGCCUCCAUGCCCAACUCAAAGACCCCUGCGGCUGCUUUGUCCACCACCCCAACAGCCUAUCUGUCCACCCAACAAUUCAAAAUCCCAUGUCCUACCUGAACUGUCAUUCCAUUUACGUAGAUUGCUAAAGCUGCUCAACUACAAACCUGAGGUACUGGAGGAGUCACCACCACCAUAUGCUUUUCUACCUCUGCCUGAGUGGUCUCCUGUCUCCCCUCAGCAUCAUGGAUAUUCACCUGAUGAACCUCGACACUAUGAUUACCACGCUCAGGAGCGUUUGCGUCAAAGUGCUCAGGAGCGUUUGCGUCAAAGUGCUCAAGUGCCUCAGCAAUAUCAACCAGAGCCCCGGCCUUAUGGCAUUCAGUUCUUAGAGCCUUACUCCCAAAGUUAUCCUUCAAGGGAGUUCAGAGAACCCCACCGUUACCUGCCGCAGGAAUUCUGGGAACCCCAGCCUCAUGGUUACCAGUCUCGAAGGCCCCAGCUUCAGCCCCAUGAAUACAUGCCCCGAGAGUCCCAGCCCCAUGGUUACCUGGUUCAAGAUCCUAUGGAACGCCAGAUGCCUCAACAUGAGAAGCCUGAUGUCAAGCCUCAAGUUCACAGAGCACCACGGUAUAAGUCCAGGUGGCCUGCCCACCUCCCUCAGAGGCCACAUUAUGUCCUUCGGCCACGGCACCCAGCCAACAAGGCACACUUCAAAACCAGGCAGCCAUCUAGCUCUCAGUUUUACUAUGUACCAAAAUAGUCUUUAUCAGGUCARUCUGUAACAUCAGGAUCUGUCUGGUUUUAUGGGGAGCCUGUUUGCUAUUAUUCAUGUCAUGUUUCAGCUGCAAUAAGAUUAUCAAUUUAUAAGUACUUGUUUUUAAUAAGUUUCCUAAUGUUAACUGUGCUGGAUUUUGAAAUAAAAGUGGUUUAUUUUGCCUUUGUUUCUGGAUGACAGUUUAACUUCAAGUCAGUGAUUUAGUCAAUGUCAAACUCCAGGAAACCUGUUUCAACAUCGUAUAACUACAACAUUUCUGCUCUGGUUUGAGGUCUUGAUCAUGUGGAACGUAUUUCAACCAAUAAAGUUAAAUAUGUACAAUUCA